AUGAAUUACAGGUUCCAAAACCUGCUCGGUGCCCCCUAUCGUGGCGGAAACGUUGUAGUAGUCAAUAAUUCAUUGCUAAUCUCACCCAUCGGUAACCGUGUCGCCGUCACCGACCUCGUCAAAUCCGAAACCAUAACACUCCCUUGCCAGUCCUCCACCAAUCUCCGCCGCAUCGCCGCAUCGCCCGACGGCGUCUUCCUUCUUACUGUUGACGAGAACAACAGAUGCCUUUUUAUCAACCUGCCACGCCGUGCCGUCCUCCAUCGCAUCUCCUUUAAGCACCCUGUUUCCACUGUCAAAUUCAGCCCGGAUGGUAAUUUCAUUGCUGUUGCUGCUGGGAAGCUUCUUCAGAUAUGGCGUUCUCCUGGAUUCAAGAAGGAAUUUUUCCCGUUUGAGCUGAUAAAAACAUUUGCGGAAUGUAAUGAUAGGAUUACUUCGCUGGAUUGGAGCCCUGACUCUGAGUUCAUACUCGCUGGCUCUAAAGAUUUGACUGUAAGGCUUUUUUACUUGAAGCAAUCAAAGAAAAAGAGCUAUAAUAAGCCUUUCUUGUUUUUGGGCCAUAGAGAUGCAAUUGUAGGUGCAUUUUUCGGUGUUGAUAAGAGGACUAACAAGGUUACAAGAGUUUAUACUUUAUCACGAGAUGGGGCGAUAUUUAGCUGGGGAUAUAGCGUCAAUGAUGUUAAAACGGGAAGGAAUGAUUCAGAGCCCGAGUCUCCUGGGACACCGGAGCAAACGCAGGGAGAAGAUGGGGAAGGUGAAAAUGUAGGUAAUUCAUUGAAAAGGAAGGAUUAUGAUGGGAAAAAUGAUAAUUUUGAUGAUUUGGAUUCAUUUUCAUUGCAAAAAAUGAAAUGGGAAUUGUUGAAAAAGGAUUUUUUCAUGCAAUCACCGGCGAAAUUAAUCACAUGUGAUUAUCAUAGGGGGCUUGAUAUGGUGGUUGUGGGAUUUUCGAAUGGGGUCUUCGGGCUCUAUCAGAUGCCUGAUUUUGUGUGCAUCCACUUGUUGUCAAUUUCGAGAGAGAAGAUUACAACUGCAAUGUUUAAUGACCUUGGGAAUUGGCUGACAUUCGGGUGUGCAAAGCUUGGGCAGCUGCUUGUUUGGGAGUGGAAAUCUGAGAGUUAUAUAUUGAAGCAGCAGGGGCAUUAUUUUGAUGUAAACUCCAUUGCGUAUUCUCCAGAUUCACAGUUUUUGGCCACUGGAGCAGAUGAUAAUAAAAUCAAGGUGUGGACCGUUUCAUCUGGGUUUUGUUUUGUGACAUUCUCGGAGCACACGAAUGCAGUCACUGCACUACAUUUUAUGGCUAGCAACCAUUGUCUCUUGAGUGCAUCACUGGAUGGGACUGUUCGUGCGUGGGAUUUGUUUCGCUAUCGAAACUUCAGAACAUUUGUAACCCCUACACCUAAGCAAUUCGUUUCUCUAGCAUCAGAUCAGAGUGGUGAAGUGAUUUGUGCUGGAACGCUGGAUUCAUUUGAGAUAUUUGUCUGGUCAAUGAAGACUGGGAGGCUGUUAGACGUUCUCAGUGGACAUGAGGGUCCUGUUCAUGGAUUAAUGUUUUCUCCCACAAAUGCUAUUUUAGCUUCCUCUUCUUGGGAUAAAACUGUUCGCCUGUGGGACCUUUUUGAAGGAAGAGGUGGUGUUGAAAAAUUUGAUCACACGCAUGAUGUCCUUACAGUUGUUUACCGCCCAGAUGGCAAACAGCUGGCUUGUAGCACACUUGAUGGGCAAAUUCAUUUUUGGGAUCCACUACAAGGCUUGGAGAUGUAUACAAUUGAAGGCCGUAGAGACAUUGCUGGUGGACGUCUCAUGACUGAUCGCAGGUCAGCUGCUAACUCAACUGCCAGCAAGUGCUUCACAACCUUGUGUUAUUCUGCUGAUGGGAGCUACAUAUUGGCUGGUGGAAGUAGCAAAUACAUUUGUAUGUACGAUGUUGCUGACCAGGUACUGCUGCGAAGAUUCCAGAUAACCCAUAAUCUCUCACUAGAUGGGGUUCUUGACUUCUUAAACUCAAAGAAUAUGACAGAAGCAGGUCCAAUGGAUUUGAUUGAUGAUGAUAGAAGUGAUGGGGAGGAAGGUGUGGACAAGCAAACACAAAACAAAUUGGCAUAUGAUUUGCCAGGAUCAAAGCCUAACCAUGGAAGGCCAGUUAUUCGAACAAAGUGCCUGAGAAUUGCACCGACUGGCCGGAGUUGGGCAGCUGCGACCACAGAAGGAGUUUUAGUGUAUUCUAUGGAUGAGUCUUUUAUGUUUGAUCCCACUGAUCUUGAUAUAGAUGUUACACCAGAGGCAGUUGAUGCAGCUCUAAGAGACUAUCAACCAAAAAGAGCUUUAAUCCUUAGUCUGCGCUUGAAUGAAGAUACUCUAAUAAGGAAAUGUAUUAUCACUGUCGCUCCAGCAGAUAUACCAGCUGUAGCUUCAUCGGUCCCUUUAAAAUAUUUGCAGAGAUUAAUAGAGGCACUUGCAGAACUCAUGGAGAAUUGUCCACAUUUGGAGUUUAUUCUACGUUGGUGCCAGGAGCUCAGCAAAGCCCAUGGCCAUUCUAUUCAGCAGAAUUCUAGAAAUCUGCUUCCUGCUCUGAAAUCAUUGCAAAAGGCAAUUACUAGAUUGCAUCAAGAUUUGGCUGAUACAUGUUCUUCAAAUGAGUAUAUGCUUCGAUAUCUAUGCUCUACAAGAAACAAGAAAUAG